ACAGGCGCGUCGCCGCCCUUCGGGCUCCCUUCGUCUGCGGGCGCCGCUCGGGCAGUCCGUGAUGGGGCAGGGCGGCUUCGCCCCCCAGGGCUUGGUCAGCUUCUUCUUUCUCCGGCGAAGCGGCUGAUAACAACGACCGUGUCGCUCCUCCCUUGACCGGCGCGCAGAGGUAACUCCAGAGGAAGAAAACUGUGGAAUCCUUCACGUACGAUAUCUGGAGUGUGCACGAGAGGACGUCAAAAUGUCAGGAGCUUCGGUCAAGGUGGCUGUCCGGGUCAGGCCCUUUAAUUCCCGGGAGAUCGGCAAAGAGUCCAAGUGCAUCAUCCAGAUGCAAGGCAACUCGACUAGCAUACUCAACCCAAAGAAUCCCAAGGAACCAGCAAAAUCGUUCAGCUUUGACUAUUCCUAUUGGUCGCAUACCUCGCCUGACGAUCCGUGCUUUGCGUCUCAGAAUCGCGUGUACAAUGAUAUUGGGAAGGAGAUGCUGUUACAUGCCUUUGAGGGCUAUAAUGUAUGUAUCUUUGCAUAUGGCCAAACCGGAGCUGGGAAAUCGUAUACUAUGAUGGGAAAGCAGGAGGAAAACCAGGCGGGGAUAAUACCACAGCUCUGCGAAGAGUUGUUUGAGAAGAUCAACGACAACAGCAACGAGGAAAUAUCAUACUCGGUGGAGGUCAGCUACAUGGAGAUCUACUGUGAGAGAGUAAGAGACUUGUUGAACCCCAAGAACAAGGGAAACCUUCGUGUUCGGGAGCACCCUCUGCUUGGGCCCUAUGUGGAAGACCUGUCCAAACUUGCUGUCACUUCUUACACUGACAUCGCAGACCUCAUGGAUGCAGGAAACAAAGCUAGGACGGUUGCUGCUACGAACAUGAAUGAAACCAGCAGUCGCUCACAUGCAGUGUUCACCAUUGUUUUCACUCAGAAGAAACACGACCCCGAAACUGACCUUUCCACUGAGAAGGUGAGCAAGAUCAGCCUUGUGGAUCUUGCAGGGAGCGAGAGGGCGGACUCCACGGGUGCCAAAGGGACUCGGCUAAAGGAAGGCGCAAACAUCAACAAAUCUCUCACCACGUUGGGAAAAGUCAUUUCAGCCUUGGCAGAAGUGAGCAAGAAGAAAAAGAAGACUGACUUUAUUCCGUACAGGGAUUCUGUGCUGACGUGGCUACUUCGGGAAAACCUAGGUGGCAACUCCAGAACGGCCAUGGUGGCUGCUUUGAGUCCGGCAGAUAUAAACUAUGAUGAAACUUUAAGCACUUUAAGAUACGCCGAUCGGGCCAAGCAGAUCAAAUGCAAUGCCGUUAUCAACGAAGAUCCCAAUGCCAAACUGGUGCGGGAGCUGAAAGAAGAGGUUACGCGGCUCAAGGACCUUCUUCGCGCUCAAGGGCUUGGGGAUAUUAUUGACACGUCCAUGGGCUCCCUCACUGCAUCUCCAUCUUCCUGCUCUCUCAGUAGUCAGGUGGGCUUAACGUCUGUCUCCAGUAUCCAAGAGAGAAUCAUGUCGACUCCUGGAGGAGAGGAAGCCAUCGAACGCUUGAAGGAGUCUGAGAAGAUCAUCGCAGAGCUGAACGAGACAUGGGAGGAGAAGCUGCGGAAGACAGAGGCCAUCAGGAUGGAGAGAGAGGCUCUGCUGGCUGAGAUGGGAGUCGCCAUUCGAGAAGACGGAGGAACCCUUGGAGUGUUCUCGCCCAAAAAGACCCCGCACCUUGUCAACCUCAACGAAGACCCCCUCAUGUCAGAGUGUCUGCUUUACUACAUAAAAGAUGGAAUUACCAGAGUUGGCCAGGCUGAUGCUGAACGGCGUCAAGACAUCGUUCUGAGCGGGGCUCACAUCAAAGAGGAACACUGCAUCUUCCGAAGCGAGAAGAACCACAACGGCAACGUGAUUGUUACCCUGGAACCUUGUGAGCGCUCCGAAACCUACGUCAACGGCAAGAGGGUCAUCCAGCAUGUCCAGCUGCGCUCAGGAAAUCGCAUCAUCAUGGGUAAAAACCAUGUUUUCCGCUUCAACCAUCCUGAGCAAGCCCGAGCUGAAAGGGAGAAGACUCCAUCGGCAGAGACACCCUCAGAGCCGGUAGACUGGACCUUUGCUCAGCGAGAGCUGCUGGAGAAACAGGGGAUUGACAUGAAGCAGGAAAUGGAGAAAAGACUUCAAGAAAUGGAGAUUCUGUACAAAAAGGAGAAAGAAGAAGCUGAUCUCUUGCUGGAGCAACAGAGGCUGGAUUAUGAGAGUAAACUCCAGGCCUUACAGAAGCAGGUGGAGACACGGUCUUUGGCUGCUGAGACCACAGAGGAAGAGGAGGAAGAAGAGGAGGAGGUGCCCUGGACUCAGCACGAGUACGAACUCGCCCAGUGGGCUUUCAGGAAAUGGAAGUAUCACCAGUUUACUUCCUUAAGAGAUCAGCUUUGGGGAAAUGCAGUCUAUCUGAAAGAAGGCAACGCGAUCAGUGUGGAGCUGAAAAAGAAGGUGCAGUUCCAGUUCGUUCUGCUGACUGACACGCUCUACUCGCCGCUGCCUCCUGAGCUGCUGCCCCCUGACUCAGAGAAGAGCCGUGACGGCCGGCCUUUCCCUCGAACGGUGGUUGCUGUUGAGGUCCAGGACCUUAAGAACGGAGCGACGCAUUACUGGUCCCUCGAGAAACUCAAGCAGCGGCUGGAACUGAUGCGGGAGAUGUAUGACCGGGCAGGAGAAAUGACAUCCAACGUGCAGGAAGAGAUUGAGAACACCAUGACUGGGAGUGACCCUUUUUACGAUCGGUUCCACUGGUUCAAGCUGGUCGGGAGCUCCCCCAUUUUCCACGGCUGCGUGAACGAGCGCCUGGCUGACCGCACGCCCUCCCCCACUUUCUCCACGGCCGACUCCGACAUCACCGAGCUGGCCGACGAGCAGCAGGACGAUAUGGAGGAUUUUGACGACGAGGCCUUUGUGGACGAUACCGGCUCCGAUGCUGGGACCGAGGAGGGAUCGGAUCUCUUCAACGAUGGGCACGACCCGUUUUACGACCGGUCCCCUUGGUUCAUUUUAGUGGGAAGGGCAUUUGUCUACCUGAGCAAUCUUCUCUACCCCGUCCCGCUCAUCCACAGAGUGGCAGUGGUCAGUGAGAAGGGGGAAGUGCGUGGGUUUCUGCGAGUGGCCGUUCAAGCUAUUGCUGCGGAUGAAGAAGCCCCAGAUUAUGGGUCUGGUGUUCGGCAGUCUGGCACAGCUAAGAUCUCCUUUGAUAAUGAGUAUUUUAACAAGAGCAAUUUUUCGUCCGUCACCAUGACCCGUUCUGGCUUGUCCUUGGAGGAACUGAGAAUUGUGGAAGGGCAGGGCCAGAGUUCGGAGAUCAUCACUCCUCCUGAAGAAAUCAACAGGAUGAACGAUCUGGACCUGAAGUCCGGCUCUUUGCUAGACGGGAAGAUGGCCAUGGAGGGCUUUACAGAAGAGGCUGGCGACCACCUGAAGCUGGGCAGCGUGUUCACUUUCCGUGUGACAGUUCUCCAAGCCAGCGGAAUCCUCCCAGAAUACGCAGACAUAUUCUGCCAGUUCAACUUUCUGCAUCGGCACGACGAAGCUUUCUCCACGGAGCCCCUCAAGAACAACGGCCGAGGGACGGCUCUUGGUUUCUAUCAUGUCCAGAAUAUUUCUGUGGAAGUGACCGAAUCCUUUGUGGAAUACAUCAAGACAAAGCCUAUCGUAUUUGAAGUCUUUGGACAUUACCAGCAGCAUCCGCUCCACCUGCAGGGACAGGAUCUCAACAGCCCCCAUCAGCCAUCCCGGCGGUACUUCCCUCCUCCCAUGCCGCUUUCAAAGCCAGUCCCAGCGACCAAGCUCAACACGCUGAGCAAAGCCAACCUGGGCCAGAGUGUGACCAAAUACGACCUCCUGGUCUGGUUUGAGAUCAGCGAAUUGGAGCCCACCGGAGAAUACAUUCCUGCCAUCGUUGACCAUACGGGGGGGCAACCCUGCCAGGGGACCUUCCUGCUUCACCAGCACGGGCCCUUUGCUAGCUCCCUGGCUCUGCCGCUCCUUCAGCCUCCCCUUUCCUUCGGCACUCUCGCUGUUAGGAUAGAGGUGUCUUUGCAGCCUAGUUCACGUGUAGUUCAGAACGCUUCUGUGAUGUUGGGAGGAGGCCUGGGCGCUGCCCGGAAGGUGGGGCGUUUCACAGCGGGGACUUUCUACCGCUUUGAGGCGGUUUGGGACAGCUCCCUCCACAAUUCCCUCCUCUUAAACCGAGUGACGCCCUACGGAGAGAAGAUCUACAUGACCCUGUCUGCUUACCUGGAGCUUGACCACUGCAUCCAGCCAGCUGUCAUCACCAAGGAUGUCUGCAUGGUCUUCUACUCGCGGGACGCCAAGAUCUCCCCCCCUCGCUCAUUGCGCACUCUCUUUGGCAGCGGCUAUUCCAAAUCCCCGGAUUCCAAUCGAGUAACUGGAAUCUACGAGCUAAGCUUGUGCAAAACGGCAGACACAGGCAGCCCAGGAAUGCAGAGGAGGAGGAGGAAAGUCCUGGACACUUCAGUGGCCUACGUCCGCGGAGAGGAGAACCUGGCAGGGUGGAGGCCCCGGGGGGACAGUCUCAUUGUGGAGCACCAGUGGGAGCUGGAGAAGCUGGAACUGCUGCACGAGGUGGAGAAGACCCGCCACUUCUUGCUGCUGCGAGAGAAGCUGGGCGACGCCAUCCCCAAGUCCCUGAGCGACUCGCUGUCCCCCAGUCUCAGCAGCGGGACUCUCAGCACCUCCACCAGCAUCUCCUCCCAGAUCUCGUCCACCACCUUCGAGAGCGCCGUCACGCCCAGCGAAAGCAGCGGCUACGACUCGGCAGACAUCGAGAGCCUGGUGGACCGGGAGAAAGAGCUGGCGACCAAGUGCCUGCAGCUUCUCACUCACACUUUCAACCGUGAAUUUAACCAGGUCUACAACAGCAUCAGUGAUUGUAAGCUGUCUGAUAUCUCUCCACUUGGACGGGACCCAUCGGAAUCGAGUUUCAGCAGCGCCACCCUGACGCCUUCCUCCACCUGCCCCUCGCUGUCAGACUCGCGGUGCAACUCUGUGGAUCAGAAGACUCCGGAAGCCAAUUCUCGUGCCUCCAGCCCUGGCGCGGAAGGCGAGUCGUUCCAACUGAUGCCCCCCAUCGAAGCUUCCUACUUGGCCAGGGCCGGCAAAAAUGAGUUUCUGAACCUUGUUCCUGAUAUCGAGGAAAUCAGACCUGGCUCUGUGGUCUCCAAGAAGGGCUACCUACACUUCAAGGAGCCGCUUUCUCCCUCGUGGGCCAAGCACUUCGUGGUGGUCCGUCGCCCGUAUGUCUUCAUCUACAACGGCGACAAAGACCCCGUGGAAAGGGGCAUCAUCAACCUCUCCACGGCUCAGGUGGAGUACUCAGAGGAUCAGCAGGCCAUGGUGAAGACCCCCAACACGUUUGCCGUGUGCACGAGGCACCGUGGCGUCCUGCUUCAAGCCAUCAACGACAAAGACAUGAACGACUGGCUAUACGCCUUCAACCCCCUUCUCGCCGGCACAAUACGAUCCAAACUCGCCCGAAGACGCUCGGGCCAGCUGAAAUACUGAGUCCACACGGGGGUCCUCGUCCAGUUUUUUUCUCCUCUCUCACACGCCUUCGGAUAUAGAUAAAGCGUUACAUCUCAUUUCUCUGUGGUUCUUGAAUUUUUCUCUUCCUGUCUAUAACCCUGUGGCUUAACUUCCCUCGUCUCUGCCUCCCUCCCCUCCCCACCCCACCCCAGCACUUUCCCCAACACUUCUAACCUUGGUCCUUCCCAGUCUUCUUUUUCAAUUUCUGUUUUCACCUGUGCUGAAAGUACUAUUAGUAGCAUGUGCCCAAACAGACGAAACAAUACAGUGGAAAUUUAGAAAGGGGCGGGUGGCGGGGCGGGGAUCGGGUUCCAAUUUAUCUGCACGAAUCUUCUUUUUUUAAAAAAAUUGGGAGGAAAUAGUUUUGUUUCCCUGGGUGAUCAGUUUCUCACUCCGAUGGACUUUGUCUCUGUGGUGUGUGUUGUCUCUGUCCGGAAUCCUCCUUGGCUUUUCUCCUGGCCCUUGGUGAUCUGGCAGUAUCCAAAGUGCCGCUCUCUGACCGGGUGCCCCGUAGGAUGGCGAAAACAUCUCUCGUUGCGCAAGGGACCAAGAAUAUGGAGUCUCCCUCCGCACAAGUAGACUGCUUGUGAAUUUGGACAGCUUCAUCCCCCAACAUACGUGGACUUUUAUUUUUACUGGAUAGUAUUUCAAAAGCUGCUUCUCUCCUGUUCGGUGUUCCAUGGCUUCCAGUUGGCAACCCUGCGGCUUUCAUGCGCCUUGGGACUUGGCUGAAAGGAGGAGUCUCUUGUUUUGUUUGUUUUUCCUUUUGUGACGAGCCCUAGUACCUGUCAGUUGCACAGCCUCCUUCUCUUGGUUGACCUGGUGUGACCAGUGAAUGUUGGCUACUGGGUCCUGCCCGCAUGGGACACGUUCAGACAAAUGAGUCCUGCCACAUUCCCAACUCACAAAGACUGCAAAAUUCAGCGAAGUCUCUCUGUGUUGGGGCUGUUAAGACUAAAAAUCUCUUCUCCCUCUCCGUGUGUGUUUUGGGAUCUAAAUGCUGAGUGCUAUUUUACUUCUGGGCUCGAUCCUCCUCUUGCACAGCCAGGUCUUUUGGCCCAUCCAGUACUGAAGGCAGAGGGAGUCCAACCCCCUGGGAAGAGAGGGCUUGGCGGGUCUUUCCUCUUCACCUUUGCUGAGGAGGCUCUAGCAGGCACGGUGUAGCAAUUACCCCAAAGAAUCCACUUACCGGAACUUUCACUUCCCCCUUUAUGUGCUCGACACAAGGUAUGGCAGAGUGAACCCUGUGUUCUGGCAACAUGGGACAGGAAGGUCGCUCUGUGAAGUUUUAUGGUGCCCGUGGCAUAGAAACGCAUCCCAGAAUCCUCUGCAGGAUUUAACUAAAACAGGGAACAAACCCAGUUCCCUAUGCCCCAAGUUAAGGGUCAUUGCUGUCCAAAUGACUGGCCCUUUCCAGGAAAAAUAGUGCCCCCGACUUUUAUUUACCAGCCAACCCAGUACGAGUUGAGAAACUGUUUGGGGGAUCCCUGCGCUUGCGGAAAGGGUGCCUCACCCAGUCUCUCCCUUCCAAAAACCUAAAACAGCAUUUAGCUUGAACCCAGUUGUCGGAGCCCCUCUUCUGAACUCUUUGCGAGUCUCAGUGGGGUACAGAAGAGAGGCCGUCGCUCUGGUCGAGGAGUCGGUGCCCCUUCUGUAAUCCCGGCAGGCCUCCAGUUAGAACGGCUCCAGAAAUC